AUGGCUCACACAUUCCAUAGCAAACUGACGCCUCCCCCCGAGGACUUCCAGGUGGUGAGCAUCACAGAAACGUCCGUUCGGGUUUCCUGGAGGAAGCAGAGGACCGACUCCCUCGCUAUUGGCCACAGGAUAUGGAUCGCGCGGAUGGAUACUGGUGAGAUCGUGGUGACACGAUACGUACCGACCAGUUCAACUGAUGUAACAUUCAACGACCUACGUCCAGCCGUGGAAUAUGUCAUAUCGGCCACAAGCAUCAACAGGUACAACGAAGGACCGGAAGUGACAAUUACAGCUGCGACAAGAACUGACCCUCCGAUAGGAUUAGGUGUGGACGACUGGACAACCGACACUAUUUCCAUCUCAUGGCUACCACCAAAAGCCGUGCUUACCGCAUACAACAUAACCUACACCGGCGAUGGAAGGAGUACUUCCAUACAGAAGUCAGGAGACGUGGACAGAUGUGAGUUGACAGGUCUGGUCCCUGGUACUCGGUAUGACAUCGGUGUGGUAGCCGUGAGCAGGCUGGGGAGGAGCAUCACCGUCAGUACAGCAGCUGUCACAGGUUAG